CUUCCUCAUCCCGGAACUUCAAAAAGAAACAUGCCCCCAACCAUCAUCCUCAUCCGCCAUGCCGAAGCCCUUCACAAUACGUCCAAGAAUUGGUCGCUUCCCGACCCCGAGCUCACCGAACUCGGUCUAAAGCAGUGCGAGGAGCUAAGCGAUGCGAUCAAGAAGGUGCCAGUAGCGAAUGAAGUCGAACUCAUUAUUGUGAGCCCGAUGGUGAGGACGCUGCAGACAAUGGAGAUUGGACUCGGGUGGUUGAUUGAGAAGGGGGUGGAGAUCAUUGCAGACGCGGGGUGGCAAGAAAACUCCGCCAAACCCUGCGACACCGGCUCUGCUCUCAAAACUGUCGCUUCCCGCUUCCCGCAAUAUGCCACCGCCCUCGCCACCGUCGACCCCCUCUACCCCAACAAGACCACCCCGUCCUCAAACCCCUACGCCUUCACCCGCCUCGCCGUCCUAGCGCGCGGACAGGCAUGUCUCAAGGCCCUCUACAGCCGCCCCGAGAAAGUGAUCGCCGUCGUCAGCCAUAGCGGAUUCUUGCGGACAGCUGUGAGUGGACGUCGUUACGCGAAUGCUGAUUUCCGGAUCUUCGAGUUCGAUGAGGAGAAGAUGGGGGAGGACAAGGGGCUAGGGCUGGAGGAAGAGGGGCUGUUUAGGUUGAAGGAGUGGAAGGAGACGGAGGAGAAGGGGGGUGGGUUGGGGAAGAGUGAGAAGGGGGUGUUUGAGGUGCUGGACACGGAUUUUCCGGGGGAGGAGGUUGUGGAUGAGGAACCGGUUUGA